CGUAAUGAUGUGUACGUCCCCUGCAGACCCCGGAAGUGCAACUCGAACUUGGUCGGGGCGCGGAUCCCGAGAGAGAAAGUGGUAGCAAGCGCUGGAGGGAGUUCGCCCUGCGAUCUGGAAAGCCACGCCUCCUCCUGCUAACCCCUCAGCCUUGCAGUUGGGGGCAGAGCUCAGACUAUUCUGAAGAUUGAUGUCUAUUUCCUUGAGCUCUUUAAUUUUCUUGCCAAUUUGGAUAAGCACGGCACAAAUCCAGCAGGGAGGUCCAGAUGAAAAAGAAAAGACUACAGCAUUGAAAGAUUUGCUGUCUAGGAUCAAUUUGGAUGAACUCAUGAAGAAGGAUGAACCACCUUUUGAUUUCCCUGAUACACUGGAAGGAUUUGAAUAUGCUUUCAAUGAAAAGGGGCAGUUAAGACACAUAAAAACUGGGGAACCGUUUGUUUUUAACUACCGAGAAGACUUACACAGGUGGAACCAGAAAAGAUACGAAGCUCUGGGAGAGAUCAUCACAAAAUAUGUUUACGAGCUCCUGGAAAAGGACUGCCACUUGCAAAAAAUCUCUAUUCCAGUAGAUGCCACUGAAAGUGAACCAAAGAGUUUUAUCUUUAUGAGUGAGGAUGCUUUGACAAAUCCACAGAAACUGAUGGUUUUAAUUCAUGGUAGUGGUGUUGUCAGGGCAGGUCAGUGGGCUAGAAGGCUUAUUAUUAAUGAAGAUCUGGACAGUGGCACACAGAUCCCUUUUAUUAAGAGAGCUGUGGAUGAAGGAUAUGGAGUCAUAGUCCUGAACCCAAAUGAAAACUAUAUUGAAGUGGAAAAACCAAAAAUGCGCAAACAGUUGUCUGCUGAUGGCACAGAUGAGCCAGCAGAGAAGCGGGAAAGGAGAGAGAAAGUCUCCAAAGAAACAAAGAAGCGCCGUGAUUUCUUUGAGAAGUACCGAAACCCCCAGAAAGAGAAAGAAAUGAUGCAGUUGUUUAUCAGG